UCCCACCAGUGCGGCGCUUAAGACGGAGGCUGAGGGACCGCCCUUUCUGGGCCGGGAGCGAGCGGCGGGCAGCAGCACGGAGAAGGCGGCUCCGAGGACCCGCGGACGCCCGGCGCGGCCGUCCCUUCCAGUCCGAGCGGCCUGCGCGCUGACCGCCCGGGAGCCCCCGGUCCCUGACAGGCCGCCUGUCCAUCGGCGAGUGCGCGCCGGACCCACGGGGCCGCGCAUCCGGGGAGGAGAGACCACGACCGGCCAUGUCGGUGGUGGGGCUGGACGUGGGCUCGCAGAGCUGCUACAUCGCGGUGGCCCGCGCCGGGGGCAUCGAGACGAUCGCCAACGAGUUCAGCGACCGCUGCACCCCGUCAGUCAUAUCCUUUGGAUCGAAAAACCGAACAAUUGGUGUGGCUGCCAAAAAUCAGCAAAUCACGCAUGCCAGCAACACAGUCUCCCACUUCAAGAGGUUCCAUGGCCGGGCCUUCAGCGACCCCUUUGUGCAGAGGGAGAAGGCUAACCUCAGCUACGAACUGGUUCCCAUGACAAAUGGCAGCGCUGGAAUCAAGGCGAUGUACCUGGAUGAAGAACAUCUGUUCAGCGUGGAGCAGAUAACAGCCAUGCUGCUGACCAAGUUAAAGGAAACCGCUGAGAACAACCUGAAGAAACCAGUCACCGACUGCGUCAUUUCCGUCCCCUCCUUCUUCACGGACGCGGAGAGACGGUCGGUGCUGGACGCAGCGCACAUUGUCGGCUUGAACUGCCUGCGGCUCAUGAACGACAUGACUGCAGUUGCUCUGAACUACGGGAUCUAUAAGCAGGACCUUCCCAACCUGGAAGAGAAGCCCCGCGUGGUGGUCUUUGUUGACAUGGGACACUCGGCAUUUCAAGUGUCGGCCUGCGCUUUUAACAAGGGGAGGCUGAAGGUCCUGGGAACUGCCUUUGAUCCCUUCCUGGGCGGGAAAAACUUUGACGAGAAGCUGGUGGAGCACUUCUGCUCGGAAUUUAAGGCCAAGUACAAGCUGGACGCCAAGUCCACCCCCCGCGCGCUCCUGCGCCUGCACCAGGAGUGCGAGAAGCUCAAGAAGCUGAUGAGCUCCAUCAGCACAGACCUCCCGCUCAACAUCGAGUGCUUCCUCCAGGACCGUGACGUGUCCGGCAGGAUGAGCAGGGCGCAGUUUGAAAAGCUGUGUGCCGACCUGCUGCAGAGGCUGGACAAGCCCCUGCGCGAGCUGAUGGAGCAGACCCAGCUGACUGCGGAAGAUGUGAGCGCCGUGGAGAUUGUGGGGGGCACCACCCGCAUCCCGGCCGUGAAGGACGCCAUUGCAAAGUUCUUUGAGAAGGACGUGAGCACUACACUCAACGCUGAUGAAGCUGUGGCUCGAGGGUGCGCCCUCCAGUGUGCUAUCCUCUCCCCGGCUUUCAAGGUUCGAGAGUUUUCUGUCACCGAUGCCGUCCCCUUUCCCAUCUCCCUGGUCUGGAACCACGAUUCGGAAGACACUGAAGGCAUGUAUGAAGUGUUCUGCCGAAACCACCCGGCCCCUUUCUCCAAGAUCCUCACCUUCUUCAGGAGAGGGCCCUUCGAGCUGGAAGCCUUCUACUCAGACCCUCAAGGCGUCCCCUACCCAGAAGCCAAAAUAGGCCGCUUCUUUAUUCAGAACGUGUCUGCACAGAAAGAUGGGGAGAAGGCGAAGGUGAAGGUGAAGGUGCGCGUCAACACCCACGGCAUCUUCACUGUCUCCACGGCGUCCAUGGUGGAGAAGGUCCCCACUGAGGAGGGCGAGGCAUCCUCAGGGGAGGUGGACGUAGAGGGGCCCAGCCCGCAGCCUCCGGAGCACCCAGACGUCGAUAACAAUGUCCAGCCCGAGAGCAGUGACGCUGGGACAGAGCCCCAGGUACAAAGCGAUGGCCACCAUACCUCCCCGCCUCCCCCUCCACCUGAGCCUCCCUCAGAAGGAAACAAACCCCCCGAGGCCGACAAAGUGAAUGAAAAGAAGGUUGACCAGCCUCCAGAGGCCAAAAAGCCCAAAAUCAAGGUGGUGAAUGUGGAGCUGCCUGUGGAGGCCAGCCUGGUGUGGCAGCUGGGGAGAGACCUUCUGAACAUGUACAUUGAGACGGAGGGUAAGAUGAUCAUGCAGGACAAGCUGGAGAAGGAGAGGAACGACGCCAAGAACGCCGUGGAGGAGUGCGUGUAUGAGUUCCGGGACAAGCUGAGCGGGCCCUACGAGAAGUUCCUCUCCGAGCAGGACCACCAGAGCUUCCUGAGAGUCCUCUCGGAGACGGAGGAGUGGCUGUAUGAGGAAGGGGACGACCAGUGCAGACAGGCCUACGUGGACAAGUUGGCCGAGUUGAUGAGAAUCGGCUCGCCAGUGAAACUCCGGUUUCAAGAAGCGGAAGACCGACCCCGAGCGCUUGCGGAGCUGGGCCAGAGGCUGCAGCACUACACCAAGAUCGUGGCCAACUUCAGAAACGAGGAGGAGAAGUACAACCACAUCGACGCGUCCGAGAUGAGCAAGGUGGAGAAGUCGGUGAGCGAGGUGAGGGAGUGGAUGAACAAUGCCAUGAACGCCCAGGCCAAGAGGAGGCCUGACCAGGACCCCGCUGUGCUCGUGCAGGACAUCAGAGCAAAAGUCAAGGAGCUGACCUCCACCUGCGAGCCCAUCGUGACACAGCCCAAGCCAAAAGUCGAAUCACCCAAGCUGGAGCGAGCACCCAACGGCCCGCGCACGGGCACGGAGGACCGGGACAGCCAGGGCAAGGCCACCACGGGUGCCGAGGCUCCGCAGCAGAAUGGCGACGGCCACACCACCGCCCAGAACCCCCUGCACAUGGACCUGGACUAGGCCGCGCAGCGUAGAGAAACGAUAUUUCCUUUUUGAAGAAUGAUUAGAAAUUUCGUGUGUUCUAUGGAAAAAGGGAUAAAAGCAAAAAACCGUAGCAUCCGUGGUGUCUGAUCCUAAAGGGGAAAUUGCCUUGGUAACUCAGAUUCCUGUGGAAUUGUGCACUCAUACUAUGCCCCUCUGCAGUGUCCCCAUGUCCGUCUGAGGCGGAAGCCGGCCUUGGUCCCUGGGAGGAGGGGAGGCAGGAGGAGGGGCUGUGUCGGGGCCAGGGAGCGGGGUCCCCUGCCAAGGCCCUUUCCUGGCCUCUUGCUCCAGGCGGCAUGUGUGUGCGUGGACAUCUGUCUCCACAAGGUUCUACGUCUGACCCCAUGGGGCCUUCCCAAGUGAAUCCUCGCCAAUCGCUGACGACUUCUUUGCUGUGGUGUUGAGAGAAAAAGAAAAAAAAACAGGAAAAAACGCAACGAGUAUAAGUGAAAAGCUAGUGAACUGUGUUAGUUGCAUGCAGAGCAGAAGCCCUGCCCCUGCCCCCACCCGGGGCCACGGGGAGGGCCAUGGAUCCCUGUGACCCAACAUUGUGGAGCCUUCUAUGAGCUUUAAAAUAAAGUUCAUCUCUGGUGUCAUUUCUAAA